UUUUCUUUCUCCGCACAUAGGAUGCGUAUACACUUGGAAGCUUGAAAUGAUCAUCUCUCUGUCUCAUUCUCUUCUUCUUCCUCUGUAUCAAAAUUCUCCCUCCCUCCCCUUCUCUCUCUCCAUCUCUCUGUUUCUGGGCGUGUACGUCUGCUGCUAACAUUUUCUGCAAUAUUAGGGAGUAGUAUUGGCAAGCAGCAGCAGCAGGGAGGCAGGCUGGGGAAGAACUCUGUGACAGAAAGAGAAUCGGGGGUCAAUUUUACUACUCUGCUAGUAUAACAACUCUCUGCUAGCUCCGGCGACCUCUUCAUUUCCUCCUCCUUCACAAUACUACUACUAACUAGUCCUCCGCUAGUGCCGCACACACACACACACACACACAUAUAUAUACUAACUACUAGUAGCACUAUAAUACACAGUUACACACUCCUAGCUAGGCAGCUAUUGAAGUUGUGGUUGUGUAUGAUGUAGGAGUAGGACUUUUUAAUAUCCUUGAGUUGCGAAGAAGAAGAUUCAUUCAAUUCACUACCCCACACAGGGAGUCACAAACUAGAGUGUUUGUUAGUGCUAGUGAUACAGACGAAAACAGAUUACACUUGCCUAUUGUACCAAUUAAUUGUAAGUAGUAUAUACUACUAUAUACAUAAUGAUAGAGCACUUUUACUCCUAACUCCUACUGCUACUAGAUUAGAUUAGGUUAGAUUAGACUAGAUUAGAUUAGCUGAUAGGGUAGCUAGGAGUAUAUCUGCAAUGAUGACAAGGAGGAUAAGUAGUGGCCACAUGAACAUCAGAAAUCAGAAAUCAGUGGCCACACGAACAUGAACUCUCAUAUUGCUCUGCCGCUCCUACGAUUGCAGUUACGAGUUACAAUUAAAAAGUGAGUAGGAUUGUUUGAAGAAUUAGUAGUGAUAGUAAUAUAUAUAUAUAUUGUUCAAAAGUGCACCAACUCCAAUAUUUCGAGAGUUCUUCUCUAAUCUAAGUCGAGGACCUGGGAUGGCCUUUCCAGACCAUCAUUUAUCACCAGAAAUGCUUAAUUUGCGCCAUUUCUCAGACCAGCAGCAGCACUUGCCUCAAUCCACUCCGGAGACAAAGCCCCCUCCCCCACCUCCCACCUGGCUCAACAGCUCUCAUUUCACCUCCGCCCCCCCGCCACAUGACUCCAAUUUCCUCAACUUGCACUCCAACUCCGACUCCAAUUCCGACUCCAUCCUCACCCCCGCCCCCCUCCAUGCUCCUCACACAAACCCCAACCCUACUCCUUCAACUACCACCACCAACACCGCACCCGUCCCAGACUUGACCCACACCACCACCACCCUCAAUUGGCAGAAUGCAGGCUACAAAGCUCAGAUUUUGGGACAUCCCCUCUACCAACAGUUGUUGUCUGCCCACGUCGCCUGCUUGCGUAUUGCCACCCCUGUCGAUCAGUUGCCCAGAAUUGAUGCUCAGCUCGCUCAGUCACAGCAAGUUGUCACCAAAUAUUCCGCCCUUGGAGGAGUUGGACAUGCAAAUUUAGGACCCGAAGAUCACAAGGACCUUGACCAAUUCAUGACACACUAUGUCCUGUUACUUUGUUCUUUCAAAGAACAACUGCAACAGCACGUGCGUAUUCAUGCAAUGGAAGCAGUUAUGGCUUGCUGGGAGAUCGAACAGUCGCUGCAAAGUUUAACAGGAGUAUCUCCAGGAGAAGGAACAGGUGCAACAAUGUCAGAUGACGAAGAUGACCAGGUGGAUAGUGAUGGCAACCUGUUUGAUGGAAGUUUGGAUGGUCCUGAUGGCAUGGGUUUUGGACCUUUAAUCCCCACGGAGAGUGAAAGGUCGUUGAUGGAGAGGGUGAGGCAGGAGCUGAAGCAUGAACUUAAACAGGGUUAUAAGGAAAAAAUUGUGGACAUUAGGGAGGAGAUUUUGCGGAAGAGAAGAGCAGGAAAACUCCCUGGUGAUACCACUUCUGUUUUAAAAGAUUGGUGGCAAUCGCAUUCCAAGUGGCCAUACCCCACGGAAGAAGAUAAGGCAAGACUGGUUCAGGAAACGGGUUUGCAAUUAAAGCAGAUAAAUAACUGGUUCAUCAACCAGAGAAAGAGAAAUUGGCACAGUAAUCCUUCACCUUCUACAGCCUUGAAGAGCAAAAGGAAAAGGUGAAACAGCAGUGGUCAUUACACGUAAAAAGAAAGACAUCAGUAUAGUCAUAUGCUCCAAGUGAUGGCAAUUUGUGCCUCCUCUUCAAAUGGUGCAUCAAAUGUUGGUACUAUAGUUCUGUUCUGUAAGGGAUGUUUUAUAAGUAACAUGUGAAUACCGGGGGAUUUGAAGCUAAAUACGUUUCUUGAUCCUAAUGUUAAACAAGAAUCAACUUUGGUGAUGAAACGACAAUUUUAUCUGGGUUGGUUUAUCUCAACCUUGAUAUAUAAGCAAGAAGAGGCAAUGGUAGACUACAUCCCAAAUGAUAAAUACGAGGUUUGCUUGAUCAGAAUUUGAUGGAACGGCUUAUCUGUGCUCUGCUAGCUUCAUCUCAUUUUUUGUUUUGUUGUAUUUGUGUACAGUGUAGGUAUAUAUGAUGUGGGUGUAUAUUUGAAUAAUCUACUGGCCAGUUGUACAAGAUCAUGUUAGUGCUCUUCAGCAUUUGAGUUUCAUAGUGUCAAUAAAAAGCUGUACUCCAAAGUUGACUAUUAUUGCACUUGGAGCUAUGCAAUCAA